CUCCCCACCCUUGGAGGCAUUUAAAGGCUCUGUUGAUGUGUCAUUUGGGGACAUGGUUUAUUGGUGGAAUAGGCAGUGUAAGGUUGGCAGUUGGACAAAAGAUCUCCAAGGUCUUCUCCAACCUCCGUGACUCAGAGAUUGAACUUCAGCUCAAGCAGUGUGGAGUCAGGGCUUGGACUCCAACAUCCUCAAGGGUCCUUUCAAAUAUGGCUCUUCCAUGUGACUGCCAGUGAAGAACAGAUGAGAAUAAAUGCAAAAGAAAGGAGAAUGGAAGUUCUUGGAAGAAGAUUAACUCCAAGGCAGCCUUAAGCAUUACACCAGGGCCACUGGAAGUUGCUGAGCCAGGGUGGGGACAAAGGGCGGGGCUGGCCUGGUUGUGAUGUGAUGUGGCUCUUGUGACAUCACAGGCAUUGUGUCACAGUGGGGGCAGCUAGAGAUGGCCCCAGCAGGUAACGCUGCCCCAGUCGAGCCUGGACAAGUGGCCAUGGCUGUGAAACUGUUUCUUCUCAUGCUUUUGCAAACCCUCAUCCAGUACCCACAGAUGGUGGGUGAUGGGCUGGAUGAGGUCACCCGUCUGCGCAUGGAGCUGCGUGAAAAGCUCCUGGACAGAGAGAUGACUCGGCUGCUGCAGGAGCUGGAGCAGAGCAGCCUGGAGCGCAGUGUCAGGGCCUGGGGAGCCCUGCUCUGGGCUGCCUUGCAACAGGGGGACUUCUGGGCUCUGGCUGGAGUCCUGGGUCUCCUCUUGUGGCUGUGGUUUGUGUGCCGGAAAAGGAGCCACGAGCCAGACAACAAUGGCCAGGAGGAGGUGGAGGAGGAGGAGGAAGGCAAUAAUGUUGUGAUUGUGCAGCAAGAAGACAAUGAGGAUAGGAAUGAAGUCAGAAAUGUUGGUGAAAAUGAAGAAGAAGAAGCCGGCAAUGAUGCUGCCAUUGCAGAAAAUGGCAAUGAUGAUGGAAAUGCAGUGGAAGAAGAAGACGAUCCUGAAAACGACAUUGGAAGGAUUUUAGAGGGGCAAAUACAGUGGCCUACUCAGGACCUGGAGAGAGGUUGCGAGAUGACAUCUGACAUAAUGGACAUUUUCAUAUCUGUCUUUGGACACCUCUUGUCAAACAGUUUAUAUCCAGUGCCACAACGAGCCAUUGGGGUGGGCAGUGCCUUUGAAGGCUGGAGUCCCCGGGAGGACGAUGUUGUGUACACUGUCCUUGUACCUCUCACUUCUCCUCCGGGGCACAUCUUCCAUCUGGAGAUGGACACUUCAGGGUACAUACCCGGCAGGAACUUCUGCGUCCGUGUGGAGCCGGUGUGCACCUGCCCAAGGGAGCAGCAGGAUGACAACGUGCUGUGCUUCAUCCAUCACUCCCAGGAGCAGGUGAGGAGGAAUGAGGAGCCCAACUUCCUAAACACCCUCUGCACCGGCUCCUACCUGGAUGUGGAGAAAACUGCCCGCUGGUUCUACCAGUUGGUGAGAGCAGUCUGGGUGAUUUUGCCUCACUCCCAAAGUUGGCAAUUAGUGCUGCUGCCCUCCAGCCGCUCCUGCAAAUUCAAGGUGACCAGAGGCACACAAAGCUUCACGGUUGAGAUCCUUUUUGGGGUGCAGCAAGGAGUCUCAGAUAUCUAUGUGAGCAGCCAGCAUACAGAGGCCCUCUUCACCCCAAGCACAAUGUGGCCUGAGACCUACGCCGUGGCAGAGAUGAAGUUCUUCAGAUAUAUUUCCAAGCAGGCUCCACGUGACAGCUGGCACCUCAGAUGCCUGCAGCUCUUGGCCCGUUCUGUGGUGGGCAUUGGCUUCUCUACUUACAUGAUGAAGACCAUUGUGAUGCACCUCCUGAACACCAUACCCAUGUCACGGUGGGGCAGCAGGUAUAUCCUGCUUCAGUUGGAGGAUAGCGUAGAGUACCUACGUUGCUCCUUGUUGGAGAAACGCCUUGACCACUUUAUUGUGGGCAACCAGAGGGUUCCUGAGGUGAUCAGCUUGCCCCUGGAAGUCCAAACUGCCGAGCCACUCAACCUCUUCUAUCACCUGGCACAGAAUCCGACCGCCCACACCCAGGCAAUAAGCGAGUACCGUAAUCUGCGAUACCGGCUCAAAAUAAUGUUGCUAGAAGGCCAUUGAAAGAAGUCUUCCUUCACACAGCUGUGCUUGGUGGUCUCACAGCUGGUCCAAGACAACCACUUCAAACCACAGGGAAAAAGAGAGGAGGAUGUGGACAGAGAGAGGGAAAGGAAAACCCUUUGCAGCAGCACUCUGCCAUCAGCAUUCCCCUCUGCCCAGCACAGCAUCCAGUGAUGACCAGGGGGCUACAAAGAUGACUUUCAUCCUCCUUUCCCCUCACACUCUCAUGGCCAUUGUGGUCAUUUUAGAUGGGCCCAGGAAUUCUUUCUGACAGCUCUGGCUGCUCAGGGAUCAAGCGAGAGGCAUCGCUAAUAUUCCUAAACUGUAUCUCUCCUUGUUCCCUGAAGGGAUAUCUUUAGGUCAGCAUUGCACACACUGUGUGGGACCUGACCUGAAAUUUUUUUAAUAUAUACUUUAGAAUAUUUUUUAUAUUACAUGUAUUUUAAUUAAUAUUUCAUAUAUCUCUGGAUAUUUAAUAUAGCAUAUAGAUAUUAAAUCUGAUAUAAUAAUAUUUUAACAUAUUAGUAUAGCAUUUAUAGACUCUCACUGUAUUUCCCCCUGUCCCCUUAAGGGACACCUUUAGGUCAGCCUUGCACCAAGACUGUCAACCCCAGCCUCUGUUGGAGCUGACCUUAAUGUUUUUAUAUAUAAAUAUAGAAGUUUUUAAAUUUUUAGAUAUAUAUAGAUAAUAUAGACUAUAGUUAAUUUAUUUGAUAAAAUAUUAUCUUUUUGCAAAUAUAGCACCAAUACAUCUGUCCCAACACAUAGUAAUGCCCUGUAGGCACUGCCUUAAAGACUGGAAAUACAGAAACUGCUUUCCCGUUUGCUUCAAUAAAGAGUGCUAUUCUAGAA